AUGAGUAGAUCAUGCCGCUCUUAUUUACUUUGGUUUGCCCAAGAACAUACAGAAUUUCGUUUUGCGGAAAUUAAAUCGCUCUUAUCCCUAUUUAAAAUUGAAAUGAGAUUUAUUAAGCAACCAAAAGAUAUAGAACCUUACUGGCUAGUGGAGUUUAAUUCGGAAAAUGAUGUUAAACUUCUAGCAAGUCGAUCAGUCUCGCUUAAAAACUGCAUGGAACUUUGGGCACACGGGAAAACAGUCUCAGAAUUGCACAGAAAAAUGAAGGAAUAUCCAAUGCAUUUAAUAAAGCAUUAUUUCGAGCCUAGUAAAUCAUUCAAAAUAGAAGUCGAAACGUUUUGUAAACACGUUUCGCAGCAGGAGAAAGUUAGCAAAAUAGAGGCAUUCAGUUAUUUACCGAUGUGCGGUAGGGUAGAUUUGAAACAACCCGAUGUUAAAAUGCAGUAUAUCGAGUAUUACGGGAUCGAAGCCAACAAUCCACCAGAGGAACCGUACGAUGUAUUCUUUGGUAGAUGGGUUACUAGCGGUCUGAGACAAUUGAUUAAAAAACUCUCUUUAAAAACCCGAAAAUUUAUAGGUAACACGAGCAUGGAUCCGCAGCUGUCUCUGUUAAUGGCCAACCAAGCUAAAAUUACAGAAGGUGAUAUUGUCUUAGACCCUUUCGUUGGUUCAGGAUCACUUUUAGUGGCUGCAGCACAAUUCGGUGGAUACGUCUUAGGGACAGACAUUGAUUACUUGAUGCUCCACGGGAGGACUAGACCUACGAGGAUAAAACAGACGAUAAGAGAAAAAGACGAGAGCGUUAAAGCCAAUAUGGAGCAAUACGACUUGAGCCAUCGGUAUUUAGAUGUAUUAGUUAACGAUUUCUCUGCAUCUUUUUGGAGAAACGAUUUUAAAUUCGACGCAAUCAUCACGGAUCCACCUUACGGUAUAAGAGAGGCGACAGAAAAAAUAGGUACAUUGAAAAAGAAUUACAAAGUCAAGGAAGAGCACUUACCGACGCAUAUUCCUGCUAAGAUCGAUUACGGGAUUUCCAACAUCUACGGGGAUUUGUUACUGUUUGCUGCAAAGCAUUUGAAAAUUGGCGGGUGCGUUGUUUGCUGGUUUCCAGUAUUUAGGGAAGAUUACAAUGAAAAAUGCCUGCCUUCUCAUCCUUGUUUUACAUUAACGGCUAACAGUGAACAAGGAUUAUCGAAGGUAACUUCUAGAAGGCUGUUGACGUUUGAAAAGAUCCGAGAGCCUACUGUAGAGGAAAUGCAGCAAUACACGUGCAAUAUAUCCGAUUUUAGGGAAAAAUAUUACGAAGCAAGGGAGGAGUCGCGGACGGAAAGGAGAUUAAGGGAGAGUAAAAUUAGGCAAGACAACAGAGAGAAACAUGAAUUAUCAAAGAGUCUCACGUAG